CCGAGAAAUUUCAGACAACAUAAUAGUAUAAACACAUUUGUUGAUAUAUUUACCUUUUUGCAUUUGUCCUGCACAGAUGUACCGACUCAUUCAGGUGUGUUGUUAAACACUUCUGAUUUUAUAUUCGAGACAGAAAACGGCAAACAUAAAUUAACAAUCUGAGAAAUUUGAUUCUCUGCUUUAUACAGACAACAUGAUAUGAUGCACACAUUUAGUGUUAUAUUUAUCGUUUUAUAUCUUGUCUCAACAGCCGUAUCGAAUAAUUCAGAUUGUCAGGGACCAAGUAUUGAAACUCCAAAGUUAUAUGAAUACAUUCUUUUGUCAGAUCACGGCAUUUGUAUUGGAAAUCCAGUAACUGAUAGUGUUAAUUUCAAGGUUAAUGCUAAGAGCGAUGCACAUAUAGCUUUGAUGUCUUCAAAUAAUGACCAUGAUCCCAUUUAUGAAAUAAUAAUAGGUGGUUGGGCUAAUUCAAGGUCUAUCAUCCGUGACAGCAAAGAAGGGAUACCGUUGGCAAUGCAUCAUGGACCAACACUCAAACAAAAUGUGUAUAGAACAUUUAACAUUAGCUGGAAUCAUGGCAAUAUCAGAGUUAAAGAUGACCGUGAAACGAAAAUCAUGGAAUGGACUGAUACUUCAAACCCUUUAGAAAUCAGAAAUAUUGGAAUUUCUACAUGGUGGGAUUCAACAGGGAAUUGGUCAUUCCCAUGUCAAGAUUGUCAGGUAAAAGAAAAAAAGUAUCAGAAAAAUACGGAGCUCCGAGAAUGUCAAGGACCAAGUAUUGAAACCCCAAACCUGUAUAAGUACAUACUUUUGUCAGACUAUGGCAUUCUUAUUGAAAAUCUAGUAAACGAUAGUAUCAAUUUCAAAGUUAAGGCUAGCAGAAAUGUACAUGUAGCUUUAAUGUCUUCAAAUACAGAUCAGGAUCCUCUUUAUGAAAUAGUAUUGGGUGGCUGGGUUAACUCAAAGUCUGUCAUCCGUGACAGCAAACAAGGGGUAGCAUUGGCAACGCAUAAAGGACAAGUACUUAAACCAACUGAAUAUAGGACAUUUUACAUUAGCUGGCGAGAUGGGCGUAUUAGAGUAGAAAAUGGAAGUAAAGAGAACAUCAUGGAAUGGACUGAUACUUCAAGCCCCUUAAAAAUCAGAAAUAUAGGAAUUUCUACAAGAGGGGGUUCAACAGGGAAUUGGACAUUUCCAUGUCAAGAUAUAUAUUUUAAUCGGACAGACACCGAAAAGCUUGGAUUUUUAAUAGAAAGUGAUUUUGCUAAGGAUAGCGAUUGCCAGGGACAGAGCAUUGAAACUCCAAACCUGUAUAAAUACAUUAUGUUGUCGAACAACGGCUUUUGUAUCGGAAAUCCAUUAACAAAUUAUAUUAGUUUCAUGGUUAAGGCUAAGAGUGAUGCACAUAUAGCUUUAAUGUCUUCAAAUAAUGAACAAGAUCCUCUUUAUGAAAUAAUUUUGGGUGGUUGGGCUAACUUAAAGUCUAUCAUCCGUUACAGCAAAGUAGGGCUACCGUUGGCAAUACAUUGGGGACCAGUACUCAAUCAAAAUGUAUAUAGGACAUUCUAUAUCAAAUGGAACAAUGGACAUAUCAGAGUAGAAAAUGGAAGUAAAGCGACAAUAAUGGAAUGGACUGACUCUUCAAGCUCAUUUGAAAUCAAAAAUAUUGGAAUUUCAACAGGAUGGGGUUCAAUCGGGAAUUGGUCUUUCCCAUGUCGAGAUUGUCAGGAAAGCGACAAACAUAUUCAGAAAAAUACCACACUCCAAGAAUGUCAAGGACCAAGUAUUGAAACCCCAAACCUGUAUAAGUACAUACUUUUGUCAGACCAUGGCAUUGGUAUUGCAAACGAUAGUAUUAAUUUUAAAGUUAAGGCUGGCAGAAAUGUACAGGUAGCAUUAAUGUCUUCAAAUACAGAUCAGGGUCCUCUUUAUGAGAUAGUAUUGGGUGGUUGGGUUAACUCAAAGUCGGUUAUCCGUGAGGGCAAAGAAGGGGUAGCAUUGGUGACGCAUGGAGGACAAGUACUUAAUCAAACUGAAUAUAGGAAAUUUUACAUUAGCUGGCGAGAUGGGCGUAUUAGAGUAGAAAAUGGAAGUAAAGCGACCAUCAUGGAAUGGACUGAUACUUCAAGUCCAUUAAAAAUCAGAAAUAUAGGAAUUUCAACCAGUGGGGGUUCAACAGGGAAGUGGACAUUUCCAUGUCAAGGAAUUCAAGAACAGGAGAACAUUAUAUCGAGCAAGAAAACAGAAAUUAUGUUCAUCUUAUUAACGGCGAUAUUAUUUGUCAUUGUGACUUUCAUUUUGGGAUGUCUUUUUAUUCGACACUAUAAAAGAAAUCGGGUAAGAUCACCAUCAUCUGAAGACGAUGUUGAUAGAGGAAAUAUAAAUGAAGUAUAUGACGAAAUCGAUAUAGCCUUGGAAAUAAAUGUCAACAACAGUGUAUAUUUAACGCCGCCAGGAGAUAAUCAAAUUGGACUAAAUGGAAUGCGUGAUGCAGAACAAAUAUCGACGUCGACCUGUAAACAAACAAUACAAAAUAUUGUAGAACAAAAGAUGCGUGAUAUUUCGAUGCGACAUCGGAUAAGAUCGCCAUCACCUAGAGAUCACACUGAUACAGGAAGUACUACCAAUGAAGUAUAUAAAGAAAUUGAUAUAGCUUUGGAAAUAAAUGUCAAUAAUAGUGUACACAUAUCGUCUUCGGGAAAUGAUCAAAUUGAAAAUCGUGGAAUGCGCGAUGCCGAACAAAUAUCAAUGCCGACCUUAAUACAAACGAUACAAGGAAUUACAGAACACACGAUGAGUGAUAUUUCAAUUCCAGUACAUCCGGAAACGACAAAACACGUGCCACUGGUUAGUGAGACAGUACAAGUAGCAAGUGAGGAUAACCUUUCGGAAGUUAACAGUAGACGCUCUUCCUUAAGCAGUGAAAGUGAAUAUGACAAAUGUUUCAAUAGUAUAUCAAGUUAUAAUUAUGUCGGACCUAAGAAAAGCUACGAAUACACCUAAUAGAGCAUUAAGCUAAUUAUCAAAGAGCUGCCAUCAACGGUAACUCUUUUCAUGGAAAAAACAAAUACAUUCAUAAAGUAUUUUACUGUAAGAAGGUAGAUAAAGAAUUUAAAAUUCAUAUUCUAAAUAAAGUGAAGAAAGAUUUUGAAUAUAGACCUAUAAUUAUUUCAUUUAUAUCUCAAACUAAAAUCAGUGCAUAUUGAACUUCUGAUAUACAAUCUAUUUUACCUUUUACCAAACAGAAUAAAAUUCGAUAUGUAACA